GUGUUUUGGGUAGAAGAGCAAACUGUACAUCCUUCAUUCUCAGUUUCAUAGGUUAUCCGUGCCCCUUCUUGAUUUUCGGUUAUCACAUCAUCUCUUAAAUGAGAGGCGUUUCUUUUUUUCUUCGUAUAUUUCCUCAUCCAACAUUACUCUAAGUGUGAAGUGAUGAUAUGGUCAAAGGAGACAACUUCCGAAUCUUGUGAUAAAAAGUCAUCACAUUAUCCCCUUCAAAAUCAAAAGCACCAUGUUCCCAUGAUGUUGAAUUCUACUUCUAAAAUUUCACUGAAGAGGAAAUGUAAGCAAUACAUAAAAGGUGAUAAAGUUGCUACUAAUUCUGAACUUGUCGGUGAAAUGAAAUAUGGUACUGAUAAUGCCAAAGAUCUAAAAAGAAAAUCAUCUACUGUCUUAUGUUCAACACCAUCAGAUGGAAAAAAGAUUAGUUUACCAACAAGACACAAAUAUGGUUCUCCUGCCCAAAAUGACAGGGUAGAAUUUUGUGUUAUUUCUAGACAAGACUAUUCUCACCUUAGUGACAUUGAAGAUUUUAUGAAGCGACCAAGUUAUCUUAUGAACAAAGAUAAUUUUUAUAUUCAUGCUAGAGAUUUAAUGGAUGAUAAUAGUAAUUCUUAUGAUAUUGCGGCAUCAAUCAAAGAGAAACUAAAAGAAGAAGACAUGGAUUUCGUUGACUCUCGAAAGAAAUUUUUACCUUCUAGAAGUAACCAUCUUCCAAGGCCAUUUGUCCCCGUUGGACCUAGGUUUCAAGCUGAAGUUCCUGAAUGGGAGGCCACAACCAACAUGAAACAAUAUAAUAGUCAUGAUUGUUUGAAGUGGUUAGGCACUCAAAUUUGGCCUUCUUUAUCUAGAAAUAAUGCACAAAGUAUAAGAAAAGGUAGGCCGAGCUCGAGCGAGAACCUUGAAUCAGUUGGUCGUGUUGAACACUAUGAUGAAGCUAGAGAGUGCUUACAAUCGAAGGUUAAUGACGCCUUCUAAAGUUGGAAGUUUGAUAUCUCUUUUGAAAUCAUGGACAAUGGGAGAUGAGAAGUAAUUUGAAUCUUUAGUGAAAUUGAAUCUACUAUCAAGUGACACAAAAUUUUGGAAGCUCGCCAUGGAAUACUUUCCAUCCAAACCUAUUGAGUGCAUGAUGAAUUAUACAUUUCUAGAUGCAUGAGUAUAGAAUAGAAGAUCUCCUUUUGGCGCAGUUGAUGGUGAAUCAAAAUGAUAACUAUGAGAUUGACGUUGCAUGUUCAUCCAAAAGUAUAACUAUAAUUUCAACGGCAAAAAUUUGAAAAUUGGAACAUUGAAGAUGUUAGGAACUCGAAAUCUAGCUCAUGCAUCUUCAAUAUUAAUAUGAUUUAGAAGAUGUAGUUCUUCAAUGUGCUAUAGAAUUUCAAUAGUUAUGCAUGUAUGGUAAAAAUAGAGAAAAAAUGAUAUAUAUUUUGUACAAAUGUUUUGUUGGGCAUUCUCUUGCGGUUCAUCCUUAGCCGCCGAGUUGCAUUAUUUAAGUUGACUUUAUUGCAACACUUUCAUUCUGGUGGGUGUGAAUGAGGAGUUUAGUCUCACAUUAUUUAAAGAUAUGAUAUGUAAUUUUUAUUAAGUUUGAUGUGUUCUUAUCUUACAAGUCAUUUUUGUAAGAUUGAGUUA